UUAUUAUUUCAUGAAAUCACACAGGGAACCCUCGGCCCCUCUUCGGUCUAGUCCCCGAGUCUCCUUCUCAACCCCCGCCUCCACCUCCACCACCUCCUCCUCCUCCUCCACUAUCACCACCACCCCCUCUUCUUCCUCCACGCGCGGCGGCGACGACAACGUCCUAGCAACCGAGGGAAGGGGCGGAGAUGAGCGUGUGGAACUACGUGGUGACGGCCCACAAGCCGACCAACGUCACCCACUCCUGCGUGGGCAACUUCACCAGUCCCCAAGAGCUCAACCUCAUCAUCGCUAAAUGUACUCGCAUUGAGAUCCAUUUGCUUACUCCUCAUGGCCUACAGCCCAUGCUGGAUGUUCCAAUAUAUGGAAGAAUUGCAACACUUGAACUUUUCCGUCCUCAUGGUGAACCUCAAGAUUUCCUAUUUAUUGCUACAGAAAGAUACAAAUUUUGUGUUCUUCAAUGGGAUGCAGAGACUUCAGAACUCAUCACAAGAGCUAUGGGAGAUGUUUCGGAUCGCAUUGGUCGCCCAACAGAUAAUGGACAGAUUGGCAUAAUUGAUCCAGACUGUAGAUUAAUUGGUCUCCACCUAUAUGAUGGUUUGUUCAAGGUCAUACCCUUUGAUAACAAAGGACAACUAAAGGAAGCAUUCAACAUCAGGCUUGAAGAACUUCAAGUUUUGGAUAUCAAAUUUCUGUAUGGCUGUGCAAAGCCCACUAUUGUAGUCUUAUACCAGGAUAACAAGGAUGCACGGCAUGUUAAGACAUAUGAGGUUGCACUCAAGGAUAAAGACUUUGUUGAGGGUCCAUGGUCACAAAAUAAUCUUGAUAAUGGGGCUGGUCUUCUAAUACCUGUUCCUAUGCCUCUUGGUGGUGUAAUAAUUAUUGGGGAAGAAACAAUCGUGUAUUGUAGUGCGGCUGCAUUUAAAGCUAUACCAAUCAGACCAUCUAUUAUAAGAGCCUAUGGGAGAGUUGAUGCGGAUGGUUCUCGAUACUUGCUUAGCGACAAUGCAGGUCUUCUGCAUUUACUCGUCAUCACCCAUGAGAGAGAAAGGGUAACUGGACUCAAAAUUGAACACUUAGGAGAGACCUCUGUGGCAUCAACAAUAUCUUAUCUUGAUAAUGCAGUUGUUUAUGUUGGUUCAAGUUAUGGAGAUUCUCAGCUGAUAAAACUGAAUCUGCAACCUGAUGCGAAAGGUUCGUAUGUUGAAGUUCUUGAAAGAUAUGUCAAUCUUGGGCCUAUUGUGGACUUCUGUGUCGUUGAUCUUGAGAGGCAAGGUCAGGGUCAGGUUGUUACAUGCUCAGGAGCUUAUAAAGAUGGUUCCCUUCGCAUAGUUCGGAAUGGCAUAGGGAUUAAUGAACAGGCAUCUGUAGAACUUCAAGGCAUCAAAGGAUUGUGGUCUCUAAGAUCUUCUACUAACGAUCAAUAUGACACCUUCUUGGUUGUAAGCUUUAUCAGUGAGACACGUAUACUGGCAAUGAAUAUGGAUGAUGAAUUAGAAGAAACUGAGAUAGAAGGAUUUUAUGCACAAGCGCAAACCUUGUUUUGCUACAAUGCCAUGCAUGAUCAACUUGUACAGGUUACUGCUAACUCUGUUCGUUUAGUGAGUUCUACAUCUCGGGAAUUGCUGGAUCAGUGGAAUGCACCUUCAGGGUUCUCGGUCAAUGUUGCCACUGCUAAUGCCUCUCAGGUUCGUUUAUUGGCAACUGGAGGUGGAUCUGUUUAUAGAAAUGGGAAUGACAAGUUGGUUGAAACAAACACAUACAGUGGACUAUGAAAUUUCUGUCUUGACAUAAAUCCAAUUGGUGAAAAUUCUCAUUACAGUUCACUAGCAGCGGUAGGAAUGUGGACCGGACAUAAGUGUAGGAUUUCACUACCAAGCUUGGAACUGCUCACGAAGGAAUUGGGUGGAGAGAUCAUUCCUCGGUCUGUUCUUCUAUGUACCUUGAAGGGUAUGCUCUUCAGCCACACUUCUCCUAAAGUGUCCUAUCUGCUAUGUGCUCUUGGAGAUGGGCACCUGUUCAAUUUUCUAUUGAACACAAGUACUGGUGAAUUGUCUAAUAGAAAAAAGGUUUCUCUUGGGACACAACCUAUCACACUCCGUACGUUUUCUUCAAAGGACACACAUGUAUUUGCUGCAUCUGAUAGACCAACAGUCAUCUACAGCAGCAACAAGAAGUUACUUUAUAGUAAUGUAAAUUUGAAAGAAGUUAGUCAUAUAUGCCCUUUUAACUCGGCUGCUUUUCCAGACAGCCUUGCAAUUGCUAAAGAAGGUGAACUUUCAAUUGGAGCCAUUGAUGACAUCCAAAAGCUUCACAUUCGUACAAUCCCUCUAGGGGAACAUGCUCGACGUAUCUGCCAUCAGGAGCAGUCUCGAACAUUUGCCAUCUGUAGUCUCAAGAACUGCCAGACUAGCACCGAGGAAGCUGAAAUGCACUUUGUUCGAUUAUUGGAUGAUCAAUCAUUUGAGUUUAUAUCAACCUAUCCACUUGAUACAUAUGAAUAUGGCUGCUCCAUUAUUAGCUGUUCCUUCUCAGAUGACAACAAUGUUUAUUACUGUGUGGGAACUGCUUAUGUGUUGCCUGAGGAAAAUGAGCCUAGCAAGGUAAGCUUUUAAGCAUGCAGUUUUAAA